AUGAGCUUCAAAGCAAAAGACCUCCAUUUCGACAGCUCACAGCCAGCCUUCUUACAGCGGCUGCGCGGGCAACUCACCAGUGGAGACACAGCCCGUCAUGAACAUCCAAUCGCGCGGAAUAAGAGGAUGAAGAAAGACGACGACGAAGAUGAUGCGCCUACGUAUGUCAUGGAAGAGACAAAUCAGUCGCUGAGUAAAGAGGAGUAUGAUGCGCUGGUCUCAGGCAAAGAUGACAAAGAGGGAGGGGAGCCGGCUGCAGACGAGGCUGGAAAGAAGAAAGAUGGUGAUGCGACGUCGCAAUCCAAAGAUAAGAUUGCUGAGGUUGGUGCAGUCUCAAAGAAGCGCAAGGCGGCAAAGAUCAUCGGGGAUGACCAGGACGAGAGCAAAAAAGGGGAAGAGGCGGAUGUGAAGAAGCCAGAAGCGAAGUCUGCGAAGAAACCGAAGAAGAAGGCCAAAGCUGUCAAGCUCACUUUCGGCGAAGAUGAAGGCUGA